GGGGCUGUGAGUUGCAUUUGGUAAAACCCAGCCCCAGAAUAUGUGGAUCUUUGGAGCGCAAUGAAGUAGCCAUUGGAGAGGAGGGGGGGGGGGGUGCCCGUCCGACAGCCACAGCGGCCAGAAAAGCGGCAGCGGCGGCGGCACCACGACCGCUCGCCCCCCAGCCGCCCGGCCCGCCAGGAGGCAGCGGCGGCCGCUGGCGGGGGCGGAGGCGGCGGCGGAGAGGCGAGGAGGAGCAGCGGGAGGAGCAAGAGCGCGCAGCCGGCGGGUCCACGCAUCUCAGCACUUCCAGAGCAACUCCGGCGCCUUCCACACCCCUGCCCGGGGCUGGGGGCUCCGAGAGCGGCCGCGAAGCCAACCCUAUCCUCCGUGCGAACCCUGCCCAGCCCUGCCCUGCGCCUCCCGGGCUCCGCUCCGCGCGGCGGGUUUCCCGCUCCUGCGCUCCGGGCGCGCCUCCCGGACGCCCGGGUCCCCGCAGCCAGGACAAAGCCAUGAAGCCGGGGCUGCUGGAAGUGAUGAGGAUGAACAGAAUUUGCCGGAUGGUGCUGGCCACUUGCUUGGGAUCCUUUAUCCUGGUUAUCUUCUAUUUCCAAAGUAUGUUGCACCCAGUCAUGCGGAGGAACCCCUUCGGUGUGGACAUCUGCUGCCGGAAGGGGUCCCGAAGCCCCCUGCAGGAACUCUACAACCCGACCCAGAGAUCGUUGGAGAGAGUUUCUCCACCUUGGCUGGAGCUCUCCAACACGGCCAUCCUGCACCAGAUGCGACGCGACCAGGUCACAGACACGUGCCGGGCCAACAGCGCCGCGAGCCGCAAGCGGCGGGUGCUGACCCCCAACGACCUGAAGCACCUGGUGGUGGAUGAGGACCACGAGCUCAUCUACUGCUACGUGCCCAAGGUGGCGUGCACCAACUGGAAACGGCUUAUGAUGGUCCUGACCGGGCGUGGCAAAUACAGCGACCCCAUGGAGAUCCCAGCCAACGAGGCGCACGUCUCGGCCAACCUGAAGACCCUGAACCAGUACAGCAUCCCCGAGAUCAACCACCGCUUGAAAAGCUACAUGAAGUUCCUGUUCGUGCGGGAGCCCUUCGAGAGGCUGGUGUCCGCCUACCGGAACAAGUUCACGCAGAAGUACAACACCUCCUUCCACAAGCGCUACGGCACCAAGAUCAUCAGGCGGCAGCGCAAGAACGCCACGCAGGAGGCCCUGCGCAAGGGCGACGACGUCAAGUUCGAGGAGUUCGUGGCCUAUCUCAUAGACCCACACACCCAGCGCGAGGAGCCCUUCAACGAACACUGGCAGACCGUCUACUCCCUCUGCCACCCGUGCUACAUCCACUAUGACCUCGUGGGCAAGUACGAGACGCUGGAGGAGGAUUCCAAUUACGUCCUGCAGCUGGCGGGCGUGGGCAGCUACCUGAAGUUCCCCACCUACGCCAAGUCCACCAGAACUACUGAUGAAAUGACCACAGAGUUCUUCCAGAACAUCAGCUCAGAGCACCAGACGCAGCUGUACGAAGUCUACAAACUCGAUUUUUUAAUGUUCAAUUACUCAGUGCCAAGCUACCUGAAAUUGGAAUGAAGGGUGGAGGUGGGGAGAGGGGCGAGAAUCGUGCUUUUUAAUUUAAGAUUUUUAUUUGUCAAAAGAAUUCUAUGGAUAUUGGGUUAUUUUGUAAAUUAAUAUUUCUUUGGGGAUGAUGCUGCGAGCAGCAUAGUGAGAAUUAUUUAAAAUCCUUAGUAGGGAAGGACGGCUGUCUUUGCAGGGGACUAGGAUGGGUGUCCUUGUUUUUUAGACAUGAAUCCCCCAACACUGUUUCAGAGGUUUCUUUGUGUUCUGGUGAAUUCCAUGAAUUGUGCAUCCCAUAAGUUCUAAUUAAUGUUAUUUAUAGUUAUUUAAACAUGGUCUCUGUAUAGGUUUCUUUGUGUGGCAGCAAGAUUCUAACGUCUUUGCAGAAGAAAUCUAUGUUUCAUUCUGUGCUUGCAGCAGCUCGUGCAGGGGCAUGAAUGUUCUCCUUAUUAACCGCUCAGAGAGUCACUGUGAUAACAACCAUUGUGCUGUCUGUUGAUACCACCAUUCUUGAAAUUCUGCUAGAAAUAAAUAGAAAGAGGCACCUUUGCAAGAGACUGAUUCCGAACUGAUUUCAGUCGACCCAAACGUUCCUCACACGAAAGAAAAGUGAUUUUUUUUUAACCCAAGGAGAGAGCUGAUGAUUGUAGUGCUUUUUUUUCCCCACCAGACGUAGCAAUCUGGUAGAAUAGGCUUUUCUACAGAAUUGUUUAACUGGCAGUGCCAGUUGUGAUGAAGGUGAAGUGGCUGGUGCUUUACAUUCAACAAGUAUUUAUUAAGCAACUACUAUGUGCUAGGCCUAAUUCCAGACCCUGCGGAUAGAGCAUUAAACAAAACCAAUAGUCUUGGCCCUCAAGAAGUUUUACGUGGACGCAGAGUAUCCAGCUUGACAGUUUGCAAACCCGAUAUUCAUGGACAUAACAUGAGGUUUGGACUAUUCACGAACAACCCCAGAAUGUUCAGGAUCCCUAUAAAUUUGCAUUUUUCUAUGGCCCAAAUUUGAAAACCAUGUGCUUGGAACAGGCCACUUAACUUGGUGAGUAAUCCAAGCUCAUUGCCCAACGUAAGAGAUGACAAAAAUGUUUCCUGUCAUGUGCCCACUCCAAUUUAUUGGUAGUAUCUAUCUGCCUUUAAGCCCCAGAACAGAUUUGCCAGGCACAGCAUGGAAGAGUGCUGUGAUUGAUUGGUGAUGCCUGCCUUGGGUGAGGGAAAGGGAAUAUUCGCCAACCGUCUCCUCCUGUCAUUUCCAGCCCAGCUUUAAGGUCUCCACCUAGAAGUGUUGUUUUCUACUCUUUGCCAUGUAAAAGAUUAAAAUUUUGUGGCAGGACUCAGA